AUGCCUUGCUGGGAGCCACCGGGCGAAGGGAAGGUAAAAUUCAAUGUGGAUGGUUCGUUUGAUGUGAGAAAGAGUCUACGUGGAUGCAGUGGGCUUGCGAGGAACCAGGAGGGCGUGGUAUUAUGCGGUUUCCUGCAUCGAAUGCCUUCUGGAUCGAGUUUAUCAACGGAGAUUUGGAGCAUCCUGUGGGCAUUGAAGGUUGCUUGGGAUCGAGGAUUCAGAAACCUGGAAAUUGAAGGAGAUUGUGCUGUGGCGGUGAACGCUGUGAUCAAGGGUGUUGGGAAGGAACAUCCGGAGUCUGGCGUAGUGCAUGAAGUCCAAAUGACGCUUGAACGGGAUUGGGUAGUCGACUUGCAUGUGUGUGACAGGGAGAAGCAAAUUGCUGCUGACGCCCUUGCCAAGUUUGCGAGUACCCUGGUAACAGAUCUGUCUUUCUUAAGUGAGCUUCCAAGCCAGCUGGGCUACAUAGUUAAGGAGGAUAGUGGCUGUGGUCGCCGGCGUGCCAGGAACCUAAUAGUAGUUAGUUUUGUCUGUGUUUACUUUGUCAUUUAA